GUUUUUGUAUGAUUAGUCCAUUGUAUCUUCUAUCGCUGUUGUCGCGUACGUGAAGUGAAAUGAAGUGGUCAAAUAUUCAUAUUCAUUCGCCAAUAAAAUGCAAAUAUUUUUAUAAGUAAACGUCGUGAAAAGUGAAAAUACAUAAUAUAAAUUUAUAAAAAUGUAUGACAAGUAAUUUGCUGCGGUGCGGGCACGCUAGCGUCUGUGUGGCUAUUGGGACGUCUGAUUCCAGAGCUGAUAAAGAGAAGUUUCUCUGCUGAUAUUCAGUCGUAAAGGAGACGAAGCAAAGUGCACAAAUACAUUUUUGUUUGUCGACGUUUGCAAAAGCAGAUGAAAAAAGCAAAACAGUGUAAAAAAUUUGUGAAGUGUAAAAGAAUCGAAAAUUGAGAACACGAAUAAUAGUAACGAAGUGAUCAUAAAUUUUGAAGGUUGUAGUGGCAGUGGCAGUGAAGCCUGGGUAAAAGUGCAUAUCAUGUAAGAAAUUAUGCACAUCUUUGCCAAUUUUUAGAAUAUUAUCCUUUGAAUAAUACUCCAACAUCCUAAUACGUAUACGCACUUGGGGGGAAAAGGAGGACGAGUGAAAAUGGGUGUUAACUACUGCGGCGCUCUUCGAUUUUCUCUAUUCCUUAUUGUACGUGAAACAGUUUGGGGCUGCAAAGGAUGAUCCGAAUAAAAGUUGUUGAAAUGCAAAAUGAAAUUGCUCAAAACCUUUGAGUGAUGUGAUGUAGUAUAAUUCCUACGCGCUUUCUGCAUGAAGCAGAUAUAUACGUACUUAUGUUAAAAUUCUAUAAACUAUAUUAAUAAAUAUUAAUCUGUAUAAAUGUGCUGAAAUUUGAGGAGUGAUUUGUGAAACAUUGUGAAAAUCGAAUGAAUAAUGGUAACGGUGUACGUAUUAUAAUAUAAACUGAAAAAAUAAAAGGGGGAAAAAUAAAUUCUCUGAUUGAUAUUCAAGCAGUUUCUUGCCUUGUUUUCUGAUUGCAUCUGGAGUUGGUAGACAUUGAGUUUUAUUUAGUGUUCUUCAUAUAUAUAUGUAUAUCCUGCGCGACGUCACAGUCAGCGUUGACGAGUUUUAUUGACUUCAUCCUUUUGAUGCAGCUGCUGCGCAGCAGUGUGCUCCACUUACGUGCAUACACAAAGUUUUCAUACUUUAUAUACAUAAUACUACUUUCGGAGGUUUUGUUCACGUGUGUAUGUAGAACGAUUCCCAACAGCAACAAUUGUCAAAACUUGCAUACCUCCAGUGCAAGUAGAAAAUUAAAAUUGUGUUGAAUUAGUGUUAGUGAAAAACAAAAUGCCACCUGCCGCAAUGAUUGGGGUCGCUGAGUUUGUGGAGGAGACUCGCGAUGAUUAUAAUUCUCCAACAACAUCGACGUUUGCCUCCAGAAUGCCAGAUUGCCGUCAAACUAUUGCUAUAUUAGAAGAGCGUCUCGAAUUCGAUCGAGAAGGUCUCACAAAAUUAAAGAAAGCCGUGAAAGCGAUACACAAUUCCGGAAACACACAUGUGGACAACGAAAUGUUUCUGGUACGCGCAUUGGAACGUCUUGGCGGCAAAGUGAUUGACCAAGAUGAGCCGGAUAUCGGUGCUGCUUUUCUCAAGUUUUCCGUCGUUACAAAAGAGCUCAGCGCUUUAAUGAAAACGCUUAUGCAAAAUAUAAACAACAUCAUAAUGUUUCCGGUGGAUUCUAUGUUGAAGAGCGAAUUGCGUGGUGUGAAGGGGGACAUGAAACGACCUUUCGACAAGGCUGCCAAAGAUUACGAAGCGAAAUUUAUAAAGAUCGAAAAGGAGAAGAAGGCGCAGGCCAAAGAGGCAGGUAUGGUGCGCACUGAAAUCGAUGCAGCUGUCGUAGCCGAUGAAAUGGAGAAAGAACGUCGGCUUUACCAGCUGCAGACGUGUGAGUAUUUGUUGAAAUAUAAGGAAAUUAAAACAAAAACUGGUAUUGAGCUGCUGCAGCAUUUCAUCGAGUAUUAUCACGCGCUAAAUAAUUACUUCAAGGAUGGCCUACAAACGAUCGAACACUUUGGCACGUACAUUAGUGAUUUAAGCGAGAAAUUGCAGUUGAUUAAGCAGAAGCAAGAUGAGGAUCGUCGCAGUUUACUCGAUUUGCGAACACUAUUGCGUAGUACGCCCGAUUUUGAGCGAGCGGAUAAUAUGCCGCCAGAGAAGGGUGCUGCAAACGCUGGUGGCUACUCGCUGCAUCAACUGCAAGGCGAUAAACAUCAUGGUGUGACACGUUCGGGUCAUCUAUUGAAAAAGAGCGAAGGCAAAGUGCGUCGCGUCUGGCAAAAAAGGCGUUGUCGUGUAACAGCUGACGGUUUUCUAGACAUCUGCCAUGCGGAUGAAUCGAAGCCGCCGACACGCGUCAAUCUGUUGACAUGCCAAAUCAAGCCAGUACCAGAUGACAAGCGCGGCUUUGAUUUAAUCAGUUAUAAUCGUCCAUACCAUUUUCAAGCCGAAGACGAGGUAGACCAGAAAGCUUGGAUGGCAGUGCUGGUAAACUGCAAGGAAAAAGCUUUAGCUAAAGCAUUCCAACAUGCGAACCCGCAAAUGAGUCCGAGUUUAGUGGAGCUUCAAAAGACUGUUAUACGAUACGUCCAAAUGCUACCGGGAAAUGAUCAAUGUUGUGAUUGUGGCUCUCGCAAUGAUGUUACCUGGAUCAGUCUUAAUUUCGGCAUACUUGUCUGCAUACAAUGCUCGGGUGUGCAUCGUGAUUUGGGCGUACAUCAUUCGCGCAUACAAAGUCUCACUCUAGACAAUUUGACCACCGCGAAUCUGUUGAUUGCACGCGCCAUGGGCAAUAGUACACUAAAUGAAAUUAUGGAGGCAACAUUGGGCAAGGGUAAACUCAUGCCAGAUAGUACAAUGGAAGAGCGAUAUGAUUUCAUACGUGCAAAAUACGUUGCAAAACGUUAUGUGAUGCGCACCUGUGCAGACGAUAAUGAAUUACGUUGUGAUCUCGAACAGGCUAUUGUUAAUGCAGAUAUGAGCCAAUUGCUGCAAGUGUGGGCCGAGGGUGCUGAUCUCACUUGUUGUCUACCAUCUUCGGAUGCGGGCGAGACGGCAUUGCACUUGGCCGUGCUGCGUGAAAUGAUGGGCUCUACAUUGCACGUUGUUGAUUUCCUUAUUCAGAACAUGCCACCAAAGGGUCUCAAUAAGGCCACUAAUCCGCCGAGUAUUAUUGAUGCAAUCGGUAAAAAUACUGCAUUACAUCUAUGUGCAUUGCACGACCGUCGUGAAUGCAUGAAAUUGUUAUUGCGUUCUGGUGCCGAUUAUGAAUUGCGAAAUUCACAAAACAAAACACCACUGGAUAUUGCCAAAGAGAUGGGCCAUAAUGCCUGCAAAGAGCUGAUUGAAUGUGCCAUGCGACGUGAAAAGAGCGCUUUCGAUCACAUUAACACUGAUUGGAAUUUGCCAAAUGAAGAUGGAUCCACCGACUUCUCCGAUGAUGACACGGUGAUCGAUGAGCGGAAGUCGCGUUCACGUCCACCUAGUUUUGCUGGCGGUGACUCGCCGGUACUGCGUUCUCGUUCCUCAACAUGUGAUUCUAUACAAAGCAGUUCUAGUCCGAUUGCCAAUUGCCCAAGUAGGCAGUUCACAUUACCGUCCAGUGUUGCCGCCUAUCCACAAUCGGCGGGCACUUCACCUAAGCAACAUGUCUCAAUGGGUCAGUAUUUAAGUGGUGGUGCUGUAGAUAGCGUUGGCCGUGGUGGCAAUAACGCUGGCGGUGGUGGCUCCAGUCCAAGUUCGGCUUCAAGUCAAAGUGGACGAGCCUCAAGAAGUAUUGUCAACAGUGAGUUGGCACAUAUACCUGGUGCGCGUAAGUCAACAUCCACAGCAAAUAUGAAUUCACUAAAAAAGCGCACUGCACCAGCUCCUCCGCCCGGGGUGGUCUCGACUGUAAACACAACAACGACCAAUUCCAUGUAUGGUACAUUGCCUCAUCCACCGCGUCAUUCACAAAACUUCGACACCAACGAUUUACGAAAUUUGAAUCACAAAAAUCAGUCAAUGGAUGUGGUGUAUGGUACUUUGCCACAUUUACGUUCAAUGGAUGGUAGUCCGCGAAUUAGCGGUAGUCAUGGUACCGUGCAUAAUUUUUACGAACGUUAUGACAAGACGCAAGUGGUAUCACAAGAUCCGAGUGGUGGUGGUGGUGCUGGCAAUAUACUACCAGUCAUGACUACUUUCGGCCAUAAACGUUCACCCAGCGGUGAGUCUGUAAAUCGUAAUUUCCACUUGGCCGGAGCAAAAUUGGUAUUACCGCCAGCAGGUGAAAUUCCCACUUUGAAGCAUGUAGACAAAUCAGCUCUGACACGACCGAAAAUUCCACCCCCAGGACCACCACAAGAACGUGAAAUUUCCAAUGGACAAUCUAAUGAAAGUAUUUGUUCGAUGGAUGACGUGGGACCUGUAGCGCCACCCAGAAAGCUUAUCAAUCAAUCUAUGAAUUAUAGUGAUUACGAACCAUGGCAUACCGAGCUGGAUUCCUCUGGAGUAGGCGGUGGCGGAGGUGAUGGUCGCGGUCGUGGUGGCAGUGGCAGUAGCGGUGGUGGCUUGGAUAACUCAGCUGACUCAAAUCUAUCGUCAAGUGACAAUGACCGCAUCAGUUCUUCACCAGACAAUCAAUUGAAGAGUGGCACCAGCAGCAGUGUUGGUGUAAAAUACAACUAUAAUGGACAUCGUCGUUGUCGCGCCUUGUACGACUGUGCUGCCGAUAAUGACGAUGAGCUGGAAUUCAAGGAAGGUGAAAUAUUAAUCGUGCUUAAUGAGCGCACCGAUGAUGAGAAUUGGAUGGAAGGUGUAAUUGAGGGUGAUCUCACAAGACAUGGCAUGUUUCCUGUUAGCUUUGUACAUAUGCUACCUGAUUAAACGAUUCCAAACUAUGCACCGCAAAGUGGCGGUGGAUUUAACAUCGUAAAGGAAUGCUGCGCAUUAUCCCAACGACUUACUCAGUGUAAAAGUGAAGACAAAGGAACAGGAAAUUGCGGUAAACCUUAAUAAUAAUUGACGCACAGACCAAAACAUAUUAUAAUCUUAUAAAUGUAAAAUGAUCAGUAAAAAACAAAAAUCUGUUUGUUACUUGAUAAAUGAAAACGCUACUACCACUUGCUUUAUACGCUAUUGUCCUGGUGAUAUGCGAAAAAUAAUUAAACAUAUACAUACUCAUAGGUUUACUCUCACUAGAAUGAUCGAUUGCAUUCAGUUCAGAUAGCUUUCAGUCAGACUAAAUAGUAUUAUAACUUCCGAUAGGAGAGCAGGUGUUUCUUAAUAACAAAUUUAUUUAUACGACUAUUUAAUUAUUUGUGUAUGAUUAAAUAUUGCUUAUUAUAAUGAUAUUAAGGUACAAAAGGUAUUAAUUUACCACUGCAAAGCAUGUAAAUGCUGAAUAAAUAAAUAUUUGUGUAGUUAAGUGCAUAUAAAUAUGAUGACAUCAAAUGUGCUCCUGUAUUUUAUUUUUUUAUAUUUUGUCCUUCAAUUUAACAUUUGUUUUUGUAUGAAAUAGCUUCCAAAUCAUUGCUACUUGUAUGCAUAUACUAUGGUCCACAUAAAUAAUUUUGAAAAGUCAAAGAGCACAACAUUUGCGUGUUAUCCUUUUUAUGCCCGAAACCACAGAUAUGUAUCUAUGUCAAAUUUCCACUAAUUUUAGUUCAAGUUCUGAAUUAAAAUUUAAUGAAAAAAUCGUAAAACACGAACAUCAAAAAAGAAAUGGAUUUCGAUUCUUAAAUAAAUUAUAAGCUUAAAACAUAUCGAAA